AUGACUCAAUCCAAAGCUAGGGCCCUCAAGAUCCUUCUUCUCACGCGAGAGGAUUUGCCCGAAUGCUUCGCAGCAGCUCAAGACGCAUUCGUCCGGUUCAGUCGGCUGCUCUUUCAGCCUUACCCCCUAUCGGAUGAGUCCACUGAGCUCAUGAUCAGAAGCCGGAUCCAAGCCUUUGAGGACAAGCCCGAUGCACGACGGCUCAAGGCUAUCGACACGGAAAUGAGCGUGAUUAUGGCGGCGGCAGAGUGGAGUGUCUACCUUGAGGCUGAGAUUCUGUACAAGAGCAAGGAGGAGGUGGCUGAAGCUAGGCUGGAACCUCGCGUGCCCGAACUGCGAGAAGAUAUCUCGCGGGCUUAUUAUAUCACGAUGAAUCAGGAGAAGCACGACGUCAUAGGGAGCGAGGAAGAUGGAAGGUGA